AAAACAUGGCAGACGAGCGAAAUUUUCGAUCGACUUAUUACGAAAAAGUCGGCUGUCGCAGUGUGGAAGAACGUAAAUCGUUGGAAAUACUACUAAAGGAUAAACCCCUGAAUGUGCUCAAGUUGAAGCAGUUCUGCAUCCGUUUCACCGUACCCAACAUCCACCGGAAUGUGCUGUGGAGUUUUCUGCUCGGUGUUACACCGGCCUACACGGAUUCGUGCAAAUACGUAAUGACCCAACGGGAGGCAGUGUACGAGGACCUUCUGCGUGCCCUGCAGGUGAUGCGAAUCGUCGAUGACAAAACGCCGAAGCCACGCGUUCUCUAUGCCAUGUGGCUGCUGGAGACCAAACAGCUCUGCCUCGGAUACGAUCUGAAUCUAGAAAGCCACUUUUGCAACAUCACCGAAGUGCUGCUGCAAAUCUUCGAGAACGACAUCGAAAUCUACUGGAUGGCCAAAGGAUUCAACGAGUACAGUCAGGAAAUUCUCGAAGAAAUGGGCAAGCUGUCCGAUUUGACCGGCACGAUUUUGGAGAAGGAAGACAACGGUCUGUACAUACAUUUGAAGUCUUGCGAUAUACUGCCCGUUCUGCCGCUGGAGAAAUGGUAUGGUUCCUUCUUUGCUGGUGUUCUAUCAGAGCUGGCCAUCAUCCGGAUAUGGGACAAAAUCUGCGGAGGUUCGAUCAAGAUUGUGAUAUUCGUGUUGAUUGAAAUAUUGCGCACUCUUCGGAGGAGAGUCCUCCGGUGCAUGGAUAUGAAAUCUCUGCUGGAGUGUAUAGAGAGCAUCAACGAUGAACAGGAAACGGCCGACCUGAUAGUGAACAAGGCAAUCGAACUGUGGCAGCAGAAUAAAGGCCACAACGAGUUUAUCCUGCAAUCCAAAGUGAAAGCACUCAUUUGAGGUUGUUCCGAAUAAAAUUAGGAUUUAUUACACACA